AGAAGCAGAGGAGAUUAAGAUCAGAAACCGGAGGAGUUUCAUUACCAGUCAAAAACUUUAUGCCAUACACACCUACCGCAUCUUCAUCCAAGGAACCCACUACUCCUGACAGUCAAACUAUGCAGCAACCCGUGGCUCCAACCGCCGCAGGGACAGCAUGGGUAGCACCUCCAGCUACAAGUCAUUCAAGGAGAAGGAACGAGAGAUUGCUAAUUCCUACUCGUCCAUCCCGGUCGCCCCUAACAACAAGUCCUCCUACUCCUCCAUCUCAACCGUUGGUGGUAGGGGUGUCCACAAGGAUAACAAGGAGAACAUCGGGGGUUCCAUCACUGUCUUGGGAGCGCCCAGCAGUGCACCAGGCUUCAGUGGUACCAGCGUCACUAGUCCAGGAGUGAACAACAUCAGCACCAUCAGCUCCAUCAGUAGCAUCAACAGCACCCCUAGUCCAGCAGUUCAACCGAUGCAGUCAACCUACGGCCAGCCUGGCAACGCCCCUCCAAUGCCACAACCUCCUCCGUCAGCUACCCUACCUCCACCUAACAUGCCAGACUUCUCCAAGCCUCCGCCAGGGAUGCCCCCGCCCGGGAUGGGUCCUCCGGGGAUGGGGCCAAGGGGCCCUCCUCCAGGACCACCUCCGCCCCAUAUGACAGGGCCCCCUCCUAACAUGGGAGGACCCCCAUCGAAUCUACCCCCUCCAAACUUCUCAGGGCCACCACGACCGAUGUUUGGAGAUGGUAAUUAUCCACCACAGUCUGGAGGCCCUCCUAUGUCGGGCCCCCCUAUGUCGGGCCCACCACCCCCAAUGGGCAUGCACGGUGGUCCCCCGCCCCCCAACAUGGGCCCACCUCCUAUGGGCAUGGGGAGGGGGCCCCGCCCUCCAAUGGGUGGUCCCCCACCCAUGAUGGGGAUGCAAGGACCCCCACCUAGAAUGGGAGGCCCUCCUCCACCAGGCCCACAUGGACCCCCACCGAUGGGACCCCCUCCUGGAGGCAACUGGAACAGACCGCCCCCUCCCUUUGGAAGACCAGAUGGACCUCCACCACCCUUCUACGACCAGCCCCUUCCCAUGGGCCCAGGAAUGGGACCAGGACCAGGACCGGGUCCAGGUCCAGGUCCUGGUGGCCCACCUAUUGGGUCUGGACCCCCUCCUCCUCUGUCUGGAUCCGCAGGUAUGGCACCCAAGUCUGGGGAGUCCAAGGCUUACUCUCAGUUCAAGUCUAACUGGGCUACUAGUAACCGAGGCAGUGAUUCAGAAAGUGAUAUCAGCAGUGGCAGUGAAGAUCGUAAAGAGUCCGACUAUGACAGAGACAUCAGGGAAUUCAGUAAAUUCCUCAACAGUAAAGCGGAGGCAGACAAGGUGAGAGAAUUCAGCAGGGAAAGACGAGAUAGGCCAAGCAGAGACAGAAGCCCGGACCGAAGCCGGGACAGGAGUAGAGACAAAACCAGAGAACGAGAUCGGGACAGGGACCGCGAUCGGGAUAGGGACCGGGAUCGUGACAGGGAUAGGGAGGGCAGGGACAGAGACCGGGAAACAAGAGACAGAGAUCGAGAGCGCGAUCGGGGCGAUCGCGAGCAUUCCAGCCGGAGUCGAGACCUGAGUCGCGAUCUCGAGCGGGAUCGUGAUCGGGAUAAGGACAAGGAGAGAGAGAAACGACUCAAGGAGAAAGAGGAAGAUAAAGAUGACAGAGUUAGAGAUCGUUACAAGGAUUCCAGGCACAAAUCGUCAAGAAGGAAACGAGAUGACGAAGACGACAAGUACAGCUCAUCACGUCACAGGCACAGACACUCCCGUCGGGAUAGGGAUAAAGAAGGGGGUGAAGAGUACGAGGUGCUAGAUGCUGCCAGCGGAGAUGAUGAUCUCAAUCCAUCUCUAGUGGGUAAUGCAUACCAUUCAGACUAGACCCCUCCCCUAUACCCCCCUCCCCUCCCAAGGAUUCAAACCCACCUUCCUCAAAAGGUUUUGUUUCAAAGGUACACUUAGCAUCUCACCUUGGUUUUUUCUAGAGGGCAUUUGAAAAGCGGUUUAAUGCUUAAUUUGGAACUCUUCUGGAAUCGUUAAAAGAAAGAAGGAACCUAUGCAGCUUUCUGUAUUUCUUUUCCCAACCUUUUAGGAUUCACAACUUGAAUAUUUUCAGUUUUUCCGCGCCCUGGGGGUCAUAUUCCUUGAAACCUUUCCCAAUCAAAGUAUUUCCACAUCACACCUAUUGUACUGCAUUUGCCAUUUGGGUAUGGCAAGUUGAAUUCAGGAACAAUAGAAAUUGUAUUUCAGUAGCAUCUCCACUCUACUUUGUCCAAAGAAUUCUUUUAGAAAGGAAUUCAACAUGGAAUUCCACCGUAAGAAUUUAAUACCUGUAUGUUGUACAUACUGUAUAGUGUAAAUAUAUUGCAAUUUUUAAUGCUGAUUGUCUGAAUAUCCUGGAAUAUCCCUGAAUAUGUCUACGAAGAUGGAGACAUUGGUAAUCAAGAUCGUAUUUGAUUUCAAGAAAUAUAGACCAUCCCCUAAACACAAUAUGUUGCCAACUACAUCAUUGUUGUUGUAUGUAUACCUGUAUUUGUAAUGCUUUUACAAUCAUUCAGCCUACUAGUGCAUUCUUGAGUCACAGACGUCAUCUACUUUUAUAGGAUCAUUUAAAUAAAUCUUAAUUUCUCUGAAUCCCCUCCCGCUUUGGUCAUGAUCAGGGACUGUGCAAACAUAGUGUGUUGAUCAUUUAUAAACUGUCAUGACAUUGAUUGGUUGUAGACAUGUUCUUUAACCUUUGUAGCAAAGAAUGAAUUCCUAUAAAACCAGAAACUUUCAUGAAUUUUGUGAGAGGUGUAAAUCUGUGAAAUGAAUGAGCUGCACUUGUCUCAAGAUCUUGCAAUUUUUGAAAGAUUCAUUUUGCAAAAGUUACCAAUUAUUUAGUAGAUCCCUAACACAAUCUUCUCACAAAGUAUGAGAGCAAAUAUUUGGAAUUUCAGGGCAUGGAGUGUACAUUCAUGAACAUUUACUUCAUACCCAUUGAAGUCUAAUGUAACAUGGAAUGUGAUUAGCCAAAUGAACAUGUCUACUGUCACUACAGUAUUUGGAAAUGAAGCUUAAGUAGCAACAUACAAAAUCAGAAUUACUCAAAUAGUAGACUAUUGACUAUGAAAUCACAAGUAACAGCAGCAAUGCACAGGUUUGUCCAGUAUUUCAAGCAAAGCCCAGGAUUUUUCAAGUGAUUGAUUCUACCUUUAAUCCAGCCAAGGCUAUUUGAAUGUUAAGUAACUGAUUAAAUUCCACAAUUUUAAAUUAAAUUCAUUUGAGUGGCCGAAGAAGAUAACAGGAAUAUUUAUCGGUAGAGUGGAGGGUUUGGUACAUCAGAGUUAUUUGUCAUUGAAAAUGGAAAAAGGGAUAAUUUGUUGAUCAUGUCUGUUUGAAAAUUACUCAUUUUCUUCUGUGAAUUUGUUAUUUCAGGAUCAGAAUAAAGAACUUUGUAUGCAACUGAAGAUAGAACAGAGACAAUGAUUUACAUUUGAUCCUUCUGCGACUGGGAUGUAUUUUGACAUCUAGCAACUGUUGAACCUCUCAAACGGGGUUGAAAUGAAAAUUAUCGUCUGUCACAUGUAUGUAAGCUGCAGCAUUGUGUCCAUGCAUAAACAGAAAGAGAAUAA